UGAUUGAGUCACAAAGUUGAAUUGAAUUCGGGAUUAAAUUGUCGUAAAACGUACAAUAGUACAGGCUUGGUAGGUUACCAACAUUAUGUUAACAAUUGACAAUCAAAACAUAACCAAGAAACAAGUAUUAUAUAAAAUUGACAAAUUCUAAUAACUUCAAAAUUGACUGGCCGAUUUAACAAUGUCGUUUCCGAAACUUCUCUUUCUUCGCUCGUUCUUGAAUUCUGAAAGACAAUUAUUGCAUUUCCGUAGACACUGCUCACAUAAUAUCAUGAACCUUUCGGACCCUGCUAUUCAAACAUAUCUUAAGCAUUUGAUGGUAGAGCAUGAAAACUUGCUAAGUAAAAUGAAAAAAUCCUCCGAAGAAGCUAGACGCUUACAGGAAAUAAAACCAAUCGUAAAUGUCCUAGAACAAAGGAUAGCUUUAUAUGAUAGUAUUGAGUCACUUAAAGAAUUAAAUAAAAAAGAAGGUGACGAUAGUGAGAUAAAAAAGAUGAUAAAGGAAGAAGCGGCGAUAUAUCUGAAACGUCUAAAGGAAAUAGAUGACGAUUUACAGUUAAUUCUUCUCGAACCACCAUUAACUGAAGGUGGUGUACUCUUAGAACUAACUGCAGGAGCUGGAGGGCAAGAAGCGAUGUUAUUUGCAAAAGAACUCUUCAACAUGUACCAAUCUUAUGCUAUCAACAAAGGUUGGGAAGUUGAUAUAGCAUCAUUUGACUUAACCGAAAUAGGUGGAGUUCGUAAAGGAUCAAUGUUGAUACAAGGUUUUGGUGUACCUGAACUGAUGAGGAUGGAGGCUGGAGUGCAUCGUGUUCAAAGAAUUCCUGCUACAGAGAAAGGUGGACGUAUACAUACUAGUACAGUCACUGUCGCUAUUUUACCACAGCCCUCUGAAAUAGAACUGAACAUCCCUGAACGUGAUGUAGUAAUAGAGACAAAAAGAGCUAGUGGGGCUGGAGGUCAGCAUGUAAACACAACCGAUAGUGCUGUAAGGCUAAUACAUACACCGACGGGAACAACAGUUGAGUGCCAAGAAGGAAGAUCACAGAUAAAGAACAAACAAAUUGCUAUGCAGAAACUGAGAACUCUUUUAUUGGAGAAGCAGAUACAAGAACAAGCUUUAAAACUGCAAAGUGAGAGGAAGUCGCAGGUUGGGUCUGGCAACAGAAAUGAAAAAAUAAGAACAUACAACUUCCCUCAAGAUAGAGUGACAGAACAUCGAGAUGGUGGUGGGACAUUCCAUAAUCUCAAAGGUUUUAUGGAAGGUGGAGAGCAACUAGAACAGUUACAGGAGUCACUCCUUAAGAAAGAAAGACACAAGCUUUUACUGGAAGAAAUUGAAAACAUUCUGAAUAAAGACAGAGGAAAAACCAUUGAAAGUUCCACCAGUCAUUAAUUUCAAGGUAAGGUUCAGUUGCUAUGGCCCUUGGUAGGUUAAAUAAGAUUAAAAUCUAUAUAAUUUAUUUAAAAUCUAUAUAAUAUAUUUAUAAUAAAUUUUAAAAGAGCAUAAUAAUUAUGUAAAUAAAUUUUAUUUUAACUCCAUCCAAUAAACUUAAAAGGACGGAGUUUACAAAAAAGUAACAGUUCACAGUUUCUUAGUUCAUUGAUUGUUUUAAAAAGCCAUUGUUUUACAAAAGCUACACAUUAUUUUAUACUUCCUUAUUUUAGAUUAACAAUUAUAAUGAAAAUUAAACGGAGAAUACUUGUAUGUUUGAUAUGAUGAUUUUAUUGUUUUCUUUAUUUAAGUUUUCUAAUCGUGGCACCACGGGAGCAUAACACUACGAUUGAACUUAAAACGUUAAAAACAAUUAUUGAUAUGUUACUAUGACAUGUACAUAUAUUAUACAUAAUAAUUAUUAUUAGGGCUUAAAAAAUAUGUUUUUUUUUUUGAUAAA